AUGUCGACGCCCUCUGAUCCAGCGGCGUCCGCCCAGCCCCCCUCCACCGCGGCCACCUCCAGCAGCGGCCUCACCUUCAAGCUCCACCCCCUCGUCAUCGUGAACGUCUCCGACCACUACACCCGCGUCAAGGCCCAGGCCUCCUUCCCCGCCGAGGCCCCGUCGCCGGGCAAGGCGCAGGCCUCCUGCUCCGCCGAAGGCUCCCCGCCCCCCGCGGAGCCGCCGAGAGUCUUCGGGUGCGUGAUCGGGGUGCAGCGCGGCCGGACGGUCGAGAUCUUCAACAGCUUCGAGCUCGUCCUCGACCCCGUCACCGGCACGCUCGAGCGCGCCUUCCUGGAGAAGAAGCUCGAGCUCUAUAAGAAGGUGUUCCCUGAGUUCUAUGUGUUGGGCUGGUACUCUACUGUGAGCGAUGUGCAGGAUACUGACAUCCUAAUCCACAAGGCUCUGAUGGACAUUAAUGAAAGCCCUGUUUAUCUUCUCUUGAAUCCUGCAAUCAACCACUCCCAGAAGGAUCUACCUGUGACAAUUUAUGAGAGUGAGUUGCAUGUUAUCGAUGGGGGCCCCCAGCUCAUCUUUGUCAAAUCAAAUUACACAAUUGAGACUGUAGAAGCAGAGAGGAUAUCUGUAGAUCAUGUUGCCCAUCUGAAACCAUCUGAUGGUGGCUCUGCAGCAACUCAAUUGGCUGCUCAUCUUACAGGAAUACACAGUGCCAUCAAGAUGCUCAAUAGCAGGGUCCGUGUUAUCCAGCAAUACCUUGGUGCCAUGCAAAAGGGUGAUAUUCCACUGGAUAAUUCACUCCUUAGGCAAGUCUCAAGCCUCGUAAGAAGACUACCAGCUAUGGAAUCGGAGAAAUUCCAAGAUGACUUCUUGACGGAAUACAAUGAUACCCUCCUCAUGACUUACCUUGCAAUGUUCACGAACUGUUCAAGCACAAUGAACGAGUUGGUCGAGAAGUUUAACACCACCUAUGAGAGAUCCCCUGCCAGGAGAGGAGGCCGAGGCGCUUUCAUGUAG